AUGUCUGGAAAAUUGACAAUUGUGCCACUUGCUGAUACCAGUAACUUUGGCGUGAAAGCCGAUCAGAAUACCAACGAUGAGCAGCAGCUUGUCACUGAACAGCAACAUACCGGAGGAGCACUUGAGAGAUACAUCAAUGCACCAUCAGCCAUAAAUUUCUCCUUCCUCCUUCAAUGCUCAUGGGAAGCAGCAGCAGUAACUUUCCAAUUCUCUCUUACAAACGGAGGGCCUGCCUCUAUCGCCUACGGCAGCAUAUUCUCUGGUAUCGGCACUACACUCAUAGCUCUAUCUCUGGCAGAGAUGGCCUCUAUGGACCCAACCGUUGGCGCACAGUAUCGAUGGACCGCUGCCUUUGCGCCUAAGUACAAAAGAUUCUUCGGUCUAAUGCAAGGUUGGAUUACGGUAUUCGCCUGGAUCUGUUCCUGCGCAUCAAAUCCCGCACUCAUGUGCAACAUCAUCGUCAGCCUCGCAAGCUUUAACAACCCGGAGUAUAUACCGCAAUGA